GAGGUUAUGGAAUGUUCUUUGCUUCUGGAUCACAUCGAUCACCUUCUGUUUGGAAUUAAAGCAGAGCUUGUAACUUGUAAUAGUUGUAAUGGACUCGAAUGAGUAUUUGAUUACUUCUUCACAAUCGUCUCAGCAAUGUUCAGCCUGCCUAUGGGACUACAACACUCUCAAUGCACAGAAGUUCUACCGGAAUGGGGGUACAGUUUCAAGCAAGUGCCUGGAAUUUUUGGGACAAGAUUAUCUACUAACUUCAGAGGCUGGCAAACCACUUUUGCACGUGUGGCCAUUGAAUAAUCAGAAUGUAGCUAAAAACAUAAGGUUGAUUCUGCCGGAACCUGCAAAUUGUUUGGCAGUCUGUCCUCACAACAUAUACUUAGCUGUAGGCAUCAACUGCAAAAUAUACUUGUGGCAUCUAUCCUCUGGAAAACUCAUCACUCUUCAGCAAAAGAACUAUCAGCCUGUGACCUGCAUUAAGUUUUCUAGUGAUGGGGACUUCUUGUUAGUAGCAGGACAAGAUGGUAUACUGAUAGCUUAUAACUUGAGUGACUUGACUGCCACUUCAAAUAACUUCCUAUCACAAUUUGAUAUUGGUCAGGUAGAGCCUGUAUAUGUGAAGAAUGACCAUUCUAUGCCAAUUAGGGAUAUACAUGUUGGUCAUUUUGGUAGAAAAUCCAGGUUUGCUACUGUGUCCAGUGACCAGACUUGCCGCAUUUACAGCCUUCUCACUGGAAGGUCCCUUUUGACCCUCGUCUUUGAUGAUUUGUUGACAAGUGUUGUUUUUGACUCACCAUGUUGGCAGUUAUUUGUAGGAACUGAAAAGGGGAGCAUUAGGCAGUUCAAUUUGAAGAAUCCUCCGAAAACAAUAUCACAUCAUGUAGAUGAAAAAUCUGAACUCACAUUCAUUGGACACAAGAAAAGGAUUGUCUGCUUAGCUCUUAAUAACUCUAAUAAUGUAUUAGUGUCUGGUAGUGAAGAUCAUUUUGUUAUCACUUGGGAAUUGAAGAGUAGGCAGAUACUGAAAAAGAUAGAGCAUAAGGCCCCUAUCACAAAUGUGAAAUUUGUAUUGGCAUACAAAAACUUCUCAGUAGAAAACUUUAAGCCUAAGAUCAUACUGAAAAGUUUGGAGAGAAGUAGAGAUACAAAUACUGAUUUUGUAAUAUCUCAGAUCCAGACUGAAGAUAUUGAACUCAGUGAUGAGGAAACUUCAUUGUCCAAUGAAAAGAUUAGGUCUGACUUGAUGAGAGACAAUCAGAAAUUACGUAUUGUAAAUAGGCAAUUGUACAAUGCAGCAAUAAUGAUAAGUAAAAAAAAUAGUUCUAGUAAUAUUGAAGAUUAACUUUUAUGCAAAAAAUUUUUGUUUUUGUUGAAGAAUAACUGUUUUUUUACCAUUAUUAAUUGAAAUAAAAUGUUCAACUACACUAU